AUGCUCAAUGAGCAAAUUGUUCGUCUCCUCUCGCUGAUGCACAUUCAUCCCCCGACGGCCACGAAUGGCGCCGGCAACACGAGUCUCGUCAGAAGACUGAAGUUCGGGAAGAAGAAGAGCGCGCCAAAGUUUGGCAACCUGCCAGAGUCCGUAUGGUAAGAGUAUUAGGAUGGAAAGCAAACAAUAAUAAUAAUAAUGAGCUCUUCAGGGACAACAUUCUCGACAAUAUGUCUCCGUUCGAACGCAUCAAAAUGCGUCGAGUGAAUCAGAAGCUGAAGGAAUCGUGGACAAGCGCAGACAGAGAGUCCUUUACGCGGAUUUCCUCAGGACAGAUGUGGACAGUAUACUCCCGCCGGAGAGCCAAGGAGACGGAGACUUUUUCCGUCUCUCAAAGAGCCCGAGAAUCGUGGCCCAUGAGGAAGCGCGCAGUGUUCUGAUCAUCGUGGACACUCAUUGGACCGUCUCGGAUGCUGUCAAAAUGAUGGCCGCGAUCAGAUAUUACGGAGAGAACGCCCACACUGUCACGGUAACACUCAAAUCUCAUCUCAUCCCAUCUCAAUCUUGUUUUUUUUCAGUUGGACGCUUCCCUCGCCGAGCUGUGUGUGGCUGCUCAGAGCACAAAUGACAUCGCCUUCUGGUUCGCAUUCCAAUCGGCCAGCGGAACUUCCGACCCGGUGUGUCAGUCCUCGAAAGCACCGAGCUGGAUUCCGGACGAGUACCGUGUCCGAAGUGUUCAGUCAUAUGAACAGGAUCAGCUCACGGCUUACUCGCAAUGGGCUCCUCGCACGCAGCUCAUUCCGAUUGGACCGCUCUUCCCGAAAGCCACCGAGGUACCCGACUAGUUAUGUUCGAACCAACACUCAUUCGCUCCCAUUUCCAGAUCACAAUCCGUGCCUCUGUGCCACAACUCCGUCGCCUCCGCCGCUUCCCCGUCUACCGUAGCCCCUUCCACCGCAGUUUCAUCGACUCCAACAACCUGCACAUCUUCCGGCUCGUCGUCUCCACGAAAACGUCCUCCGGCCGCAAAGGCCGUCAAGUGGCACAAUCGCUCAAAUUGGCUCCGUUCCUGAAAUGGGCCAAUGCUCAGCGCCUCGCUCACCGUUUCUGUGUACAGUUCGUCUGA